UUCCGUCCUACGACCUUUGACCUGACGUGUCACAUGUAGACAAGAUGGCCGCCGCCGGGCAAGACAACAAUUUUCGGGACGGAAAAAACGAAAUAAACGGCGAUUUCUCGGGAAAUGGAGCCAAUAAUGCUGGUUCCAUACAGGAUGUGAGUCUACUGGAUGAGGAGAAUGACAUGGAACCGUUGGCCUCUCCCGGACAGAGCCCUAACAAAGGGGAUGACAAGAGCAGAUCCAGAAGCAGGAAACCGUUUCACUACCCGGCGAACAGGCGGCAGUCCGAGGAGCUGGACUCACACAGCACGCUCGCCACCUACAACCGGUACCGCUACUACAGCCGCCUCGCGCCACCUGACGAUCACAGGAUGCGUAUCCCGGACCACAUCGUACCAGCCUCCCUGUUCUACCCCGCCAUGUUUGUGGACAGGUCCCAGAAGCAGGGCAGCCUCAUUACCAUUUUCUCCAUCUGGAACACCAUGAUGGGCACAUCCCUCCUCAGCAUGCCCUGGGCGCUCGGGAAGGCAGGGUUUGUGCUGGGGUUGGUGAUCAUGGUAGUGAUGGCAGGACUGACUCUCUACACCUGCUACCGAGUCAUCAAGUCUGUCGAGGGUGUCGACCAGGAGGGUGAAGUGUUAGAGUUCUCGGACGUUUGCAGACACUACCUCGGCAGGUGGGGGGAGGGGUGUAGUGUGUUCUUCUCGCUCUCUGCUCUCAUGGGGGCCAUGAUCGUCUACUGGGUCCUCAUGACCAACUUCCUCUACAACGUCGUCAGUUUCGCUUACGAAAAUAUUCAUGCGUCAGGAAACGAGACGUCUGCUUCCACCGAAGGUGAGAACACACAUCAGAUUCUGUACUGCCAAAGUCUUAGGCCACCAAUGAGAGGCGUGCUUUCCUAUGGACUAAUAAUUAACAUGUAUUUUUCCACCACAGUGCUCUGCCCACUGAACUCAUCCCAUACACCCCACACGGGGAACAUGAGUGGUAUGUUCCAAGUGCCGACGCCCGACGACACAUUCCACCACGUCUGGGAGCGCGUCAAGACAGUUCCCUUCUUCCUCAUCAUCCUGGUCUUCCCUCUGCUGAACUUCAAGUCGCCAACUUUCUUUACCAAGUUUAAUGCCCUUGGCACGAUGUCUGUGGUGUACCUGCUGGUGUUUGUGAGUGUGAAGGCCGCCCAGUGGGGCAUCCACCUGGACUUCAGCCAUACGGGCAAGGACGUGGACGUCACGGAGGCCAGCGAAUACUUCCCAAUCCUGACAGGAACUUUAGCCCUGGCGUUUUUCAUCCACAAUGCCGCGGUGUCCAUCUGUCGGAAUCAGAAACACCCAGAAAACAACGGUCGUGACCUGUCUAUAGCGUACGUCUGCGUCAUGGUGACGUAUGUCGUGGUGGGAGCGGUAUUCUACGCCUCCUUCCCAAAAGACAAGAGCUGUAUAGAGGAUAACCUGCUGAACAACUUCAGUAACACGGACACGCUGGCGUUCGUGGCAAGAGUGUUCCUGCUCUUCCAGAUGUGGACGGUCUUCCCGCUCCUCUUCUACAUCUUCAGACUACAGUUCAUGCACACUUUGUUUGGCACUACUUAUCCUAGUUUAGUCCAUGUGGUAGUCCUGAACCUACUGUUGGUGGGAGUCUGUGUCAUUUUUGCUCGCUUCCUACCUCAUAUAGGAACCAUCAUCAGGUUCUCAGGAGCGUUCUGUGGACUUGCGUACAUCUUCACCCUGCCUUGCCUGGUGUAUCUGGUCCGCCUGAAACAGACGGGCAGACUCACCUGGCCCAUCGCGGCCGUACACGGCUUCAUCAUCCUGCUGGGGCUGGCAAACUUCGUGGGCCAGUUCUUCUUCUUAAAUAAGACGUAAGAAAGACAACAAGAGCUCGUUCGGUUCUUGUUGAGGGAAAGGCGUUUGUUUUAUGUUUGUUUCUCAGGAGCGCCUCCCUUCUGCCAGAGGCUACAAUUGCACUGCGACCGCUCGGCAACGAAAACUUUAUGGGCCAGUUCUUCUUCUUAAAUAAGACGUAAGGAAAACAGCGUGGACUUGUUCAGUUCUUGUUUAAGAAAAGUCGUUUACGUUUGUUUCUCAGUACACCUCAAUAGUACCCCCUUACUACUAGAGGCUGCAACUCCACUGCGACCGAUCGACAACCGAAAACUUUGUGGGCCAGUUCUUCUUCUGAAACAAGAAUUAAGUAAAAGCAACGUCGGCUCGUUCGGUUCUUGUUGAGGGAAAGGUGUUUGUUACGUGUUUGUUUCUCAGUUCUACUCAAUAGCUCCCCCUUACUACUAGAGGCUACAACUGCACUGCGACCGCUCGACAACCAAAAAUUUUGACAGAUGGCUCAACAGAUGGUGAAAUUUUUUUUUUUUUUACACUUAAUCUGGUUUGUUUUUUUAGUAGUACUUCUACAUAAUACUAAUCACCAUAUUUCUAUACAUUUACAUCAAUUAUGACAUCAAGGGUCACCAUGCCCAACUUUGGCUACUGUACAGUCGCUCAGCCAUUGAUAUCUAGUGGAACGGGGCUUAUGGAAAUAUGAUAUUUGAAUUUAUCCUCUUAGACAUAGAAACAUCUUCACUUUCUUCUCCUUACACAAGAUAUAAGGAGUCUGCCAGACAUUAUUUUCUCCUUGAAGGAAAUGCGAAGGUCACUUUGUGGGUCAAUUUUUCUUAAAGAAAUCUUGAGAAGUUUUUAGGCCAGCUUUUCUUGUUUGUUCUUCUACUGAAACAGAACAAAGCAUCCUUUAGCAUAGGUGGGUUAAAGUCUGGUUGUUAACCCUUUUACUACUGAUGUACCUUUUAACUGGUACAAAAUUGGCACAUGAAUGCAUACUUAGAGUGGAAAAGGUUAAUGUAUUAUUUACAAAAGAUGCAUACAAAAUGUAUGCAUCCAUAUGAUGCUAUUAUGCCGAUGCCUUGUUUUAUACAUUGACCUCAAAAAGUUAGAUUAGUUAGGAAUAAAUUUCCUUUUGGAUAUCAGUUAAUGUAUUAUUUACCAAAGAUGCAUACAUCUGUAUGCAUAAGUAAUAUACUAUUAUGAAGAUACCUUGUUUUGUGCAUUGAAGUAGUUAGGAAUAAAUGUCCUUUUGGAAUACUGUACGUUGGCACAACUUAGGGCGGAAGAAUAUGUGACUUUGUGUACAGACAAAAAAAGUUACUGUAGUUAGAAAUAAAUUUUCUGUUUGGGUGGUUGUGAUAGAUUUUGUGCAGUGCCACCUGCUGAUACUACAUGGUACUGCAAGAGAGUUUGUCAGCAGCUGCUACAGUGUGUUUUGAGACACUGCCACAUAAUGUUUUUUUAAAUUAACAUCCACCAUAAUCAUGGAUUUAAUUAAAAGGAAUUAAAACAUAGUGCCAAUUAGUAAGAUCCACUAUCAGAAUGAUGUAACCAACUGUGAGAUGACAUCGAAAGUAAAUAGUUGUAUAUGGUGUUUACUUGUAUAUUUGUUGAUGUACCUGUAUAAAAGGAGCCAAGGUAAAACCAUCUUGCCAAGAUAAAAAUGAAAGAAAACGUAAGAAAAUAAAUGUAAGAAAAACUU